CUAGUCACUGGGUUAGGGUUAGGUACCACAACAAUUGUAACUGAUCUCGAAGUGGUCGCAUGUGCAGAUGGUUGCUUAGCCCCUAAUUCAGUUUGACCCUAAUACAAAAUGUACUGAGUGUGUGCUGAACAUUAUGAUUAUGUGUAGUGCUGAUGUGGAUUUGUGCAUUGAGGACUUCAACAGGAUUGCUGAUCGUGUGCCUCGAUCUGCUAGGAAAUUUCAAGCCUCAUAGAAAGUACCACAUGGCAGACCUGCACACUGCUGGAGGCCUCCCUAUACUCAUGAAGGAGCUACUAGACGUAGGGCUCUUACAUGGUGACUGUCUCACAUUGACCGGAAAGACUGUGGCAGAGAAUUUAGCAUCUGUCUCCAAAGCAUCUGAUCUGACACAGGACGUUGUGUACCCUAUCUCUAAACCCCUCUCCCCUCCCGAGCACCACAUUACCAUUAUCAAGGUGAGAUGGAUAAGCUUCUACACACCAUGCAUGGACACAAUGCCUCCUUUAUUGAGUGUGUCUGCUUGUUCUACUUAUUUCGAUGGGGAGGGGCCAGUCUAUGAUGCCAUUAUGGGGGGCCAGGUUAAACCAGGACAAGUGCUCGUGAUACGAUAUGAAGGUCCCAAGGGAAGUCCUGGCAUGCCUGAGAUGUUGAGUCCAGGCUCUGCACUGGUUGGUGCCGGCCUGGGUAAGACCGUUCCCUUGAUAACUGAUGGACGCUUCAGUGGAGCAUCUCACGGGAUCAUGAUAGGUCAUGUGACACCUGAGGCAUUCGUGGGCGGGCCUAUAGCACUGGUGGAGAACAGAGAUAUGAUAAGCAUUGAUGCUGUCAACAGGAGAGUAGAUCUGGAGGUCAGUAAGGAGGUGUUGACGGCUCGGAAAGCUUGCUGGAAGAUUCCCCAAGAGCGUCAGAAAGUGAAGGGUCUACUGGCGAAGUAUCGACGCUCUGUGUCCAGUGCACAUACAGGAGCUGUGACCUGCUAA